UCGAUAAGCUUCACCUUAAGGGGAGAAGCAUGUGUGAAGUGCUUCUAUCGAUUAAUACGUGACUUGCAUUCAAUCGCUGCCAUGGAUGCCGAGGUGAGGCAAAAGAAUUUGCGCAAAAAGCUGGAUCUUCUGGGCUUCCGGCAGCCGCUGCCAGUAUCUGGAGUUGGUCUAGCGUCUGCCCUACUCGAGGACCUCCUCAAGACCACAGAGAGUCUGAAGCUGGCCAAGGAGGAGAUAAAUCAACUACUUCAGGAGAAAAGUGCCUGGGAGCUGGGAGUGGAGCCCUACAAGUGUGACAAUUCCAAAUUGCUAGCGGAGUGCAACAAACUCAAUUUGGACAUCAUUCGACAGCGCGACAACUACGAAGUGAAGAAAGCGGAGCUGAUCCGGAGAGUCCGGUCGCUGGAGCUGGACAAGAGGUAUCUGGAGGAGCAGUGCAGCGAGCUAGCAGGCCGCGUCAGGGAGCUGGAAGUGAAAUUUGUCUCCAAGUCAGACGUGAAGUUCCAAAAAGAUGGCUUCAACAUGAGCAGAAAGCCGUUCAUUUCCACGGUGCGCUCCGGUAGCCUCCUGCCCAGUGGCGGAGAGGGUCAUGUGUGCGAAAAGGGUCCCUACAAAGUGUGCAGCGUUUGUCCCAAUAGCCGCCCUUGUGGGGAGAAUCGCUUCGAGGCGGAAAAGCUGCAGAAUGACGUUCAAAAUCGCGAAGAGAUCAUCGAAGCGCUGAAGAGGCAGAUCGAGACGAGAGACAGGGAGAUUGAGCGAUUGAGCAGUCUUCUGAGUGGCGGACGACCUGUGACAUCUCUGGCCAGGGAUUGCUGCUUCCGUGGCGUGGGAUCGAUGGCUGAGGAUGUGGAGCUUCUGCAGAAGCAGAAGUGCGACUUGAGGAGGGAGAUUAACGAGGCCAUCUCGGCUCAGCACGAGGCCAUGCAGAGAGCAAUGCGUUUGGCGGAGAGGAAUGCCAGUGUGGAGGAGGAGUACAAGGAGCUGGAGAAAACUGCCCUGGAGCAGGAAAUGAAAGCCAACAGGACAUUGAAUGAGAAGGUGAAGGAAAAUGCGGAGCUCAAGAGCCGCAUCAGCGAUCUCCUGGAUACGAUAAAGGGACUAAGGAGUGAUGUGGACAGACUUCAAGUGGGCGAAGUGACGGAUUCUGUCCGGGAGAAGCUUGUUCACGCGCUGAAGAAGGAGAAAACCCUUCAGAUGACAAUUGAGAAGCUGCAGAAGAAAAUUUCUAAACUUAAAACCAAGGUUUCAGACACUAAAUCGACGGACACGAGCAGAGAUGAUACAAUGGAGAGGGAAUUGAAUCUCACAAAGCUUGAGUUGGAAACUCUCAGACGCGAAUUCGCGUCUCUCCAGGACAAAGCGAGGAGUAACAGUGAGGCGAGAGAUCUGCAGAUUAAGCUGAAUGAGAAGGAAAUAGAGAUUAGGAAUCUCUACCAUGAACUCAGUCAAUUGCGGCAUGAGAAAAUGUCGAAUCUGGGAGAGAUUUGCUCAGCAAGAUCUAUUGGUCAGUCCUCGGCUGUGCUGCGCCAGGAUCGGGAGAGAGAUGUGAUGCGCUGUGAUCUGGAGAAGGUGAAGAUUGAGCGAGAUGCUCUUCGGGAUCGUCUGAAGAUGGCGACGGAGGCACAAUUGGAGGAGCAGAGAAGAUAUGAGGGUCUCUUGGAGGACAUCAAUGGACGGAUUGGGCGAUUGGAGGCAGAGAAGACGGAGCUGUUGAGUGCUCAGGGACCCACUCAGAUCACAGUGACGCUGCUCAAGGAGGAGCUGAAGGAGCUGAGAGGACGCCUGAAGGAUCUCCAGGCUGAGAAUGGCGCGCUGAGGAGCUCCAAUAAUCAUUUGAAGAUUCUCAAUGAGCAGACAGAGAAAGUUCUGGUGCAAAAUCACAGCAAACUCGUUCACUCAGAGGCUCAAUUGGGAGAGACAUCGUCGAAACUGAGCUCUUUGGACGCUACACGAGAGCAAUUGAGGCAGGAAUUGGAACUGCUGAAGCCACAGAUAAAUCAACUGCGUUCCAGCGAAAUUCAGCUGCAGAACGAGAAGGACAAUAUUGUGUCUGAGUUGGACCAGAAGACGGAGAAGGUGUACAAUCUGGAGCAGGAGAUGAAACGCCUCAGGGUUGAUAAGAGGGAAUUGGAGACGCUGGUGGAUCAACUCAGAAGACGUCUGGAUGAGCUAAGGAACGAGGGUGAGCAUCGCGAUAAGCAGUAUCACGAUGUGGCGUGUGAAACGGGAACGCUGAGGAAUCAAGUUGCCACGCUGAAGAGGAACGCCGACACGGCCAGGAGUGAAAACGGGCGUCUCGUUGGGGAGCUCACGGACGCAUCUGCAGAGCUGAAAGUGACCAGGCAGAAGCUGAAGGAGACGCAAAAGGAAGUGGAUGGAUUGAAGAUGCAGCUGAAACAAUACGUCCAGGAAGUUCAGAGGGCGGAGAAUCUUCUGGCCAAGAAGGAGUUCGAGCGCGAGGAGAUGCUGGAUCACUUCAAGUCCCUUUCGCAGGACACUAUUGUGCUGGAGGGCAACAAUCAGGCGUUGGAAAUGAUGACGGCGGAAACAAAGAAAGCAUUGACAGAGUCCGAAGAUCGCGUUUCCACGUUGUUGGAGCAGAUGAAGCUCCGUGAAUCGGAAAUCCGGGACUAUGAGAAGCAAGUCACCGUGCUGUCCUCACAAGUGGCGUCCUUGGAGACUGAUUUGGAGGAGUGUCAGGAGGACAAGAAGAAACUCCAAGCGGAUCUGGACGCAAUGCGAGAUUUGUGCGAGAAGUUGGAUGACCAGAAGGACAAAUUCAACGAGGAGGUCAAUGAGCUCACGUCGAUUCGCACUGAUCUGGAGAAGGACUUGGAGCGCCUUCGCAGUGAGGCUGGCAAGAAGAUUAUCGAGGCAGAGGACACAGCGACGAGGCAUCCGCUGGAGAGAGAUUUCGAGCAGCAGAAGUUGCUGAUUGCCAAUCUGAAUCAGGAGUUGUCGCACUUGCGCGGCAAAGUGGCUCAGCUGGAGAUGGAGCUGAAGGAAGAGCAUCGCGUGAGUAUAAAAAAUGAACAUCUCGCCCAGGAAUACCAUGUUCAGCUCCAGGAGGCGCGACAGAGUCUCACGAACGAGCGCUACGAGCGGGCGAAGCUGCAGGAGGACACGGAAUCGGUCAGGUAUCCAACUCUUUAGUUUCUUAAGCUUCCACUACUUAUGCUAAUGAUGUUUUCCUCACACUGUAAAAACAAGGAAAGCAAGAAAAGACAAGUGCUUAAGGUUUCAUUUCAUGGUGCGGGGGAAGAAUUACUGGAUAAGACAUUCGAGGACGUCUUUAACGAAGAAGUCUCCGGAUAAGUCUUCCUCAGCAUCUUCUCAAUCUAUUCUGGAGGGAUAUUCAGGAGCGUGCGGUGAAAUUUCUGAAAUUGAAGUCUCCCAGAAGAUUUCCAUGAAUCUAAAAUCAAAUUCAUAGACAAAUCAACGUCACGAAAUUCCCUUGGUGGCCGCAAAAGGGCAAAAUUUAUGCGAAAACUACUGAUUUCUACUCAUUUUCCUCAUGUAUUUUUAUCUGUCUUUCACUGUGUUACAAAAAAGAAAGAAAAACAAUUUGUUGUGUCUCUCUAAUGGACCAUGAAAACACGUCACAGGACGUUAUUUUGACGAACAGCGUCUCAGGGAUGGAAGAAUAGUUGCCUAAUUGGGAGGAUGUCUGGCCAUUUCUAUGGAUGGUCUCGCCUUUUGUAGUUAUUAACCAUUUUUCAUACAAUCUUACUGUAGUUUUUUUUUUUAAUUUAAGGCACAAUUACAUUAACGUCACAAUCUGUCGCU